CCUUUCUCUGUCACCCCCCAGCCCCCAGGCUUUGUGAAGAAGCCCUUCAUGUCACAGGAGUUCAUCAGCCAACAUGCCGUGGAGCACAGAGGCCGCCUCAUCUGCAAAUAUUUCCUGGGUGGGCGCUGCCUCAAGGAGGACCAGUGUAAAUUCGAGCAUGAGCUGGUGAUCCUGGACAAGAAACUAGAAUUGUGCAAGUACUACGUGCAGGGUUACUGCACUAAGGGAGAGAGCUGCAUCUACAUGCACAAUGACUACCCCUGUAAGUUCUUCCACACGAAUACAAAAUGCUAUCAAGGGGAGCACUGCAAGUUCUCCCACGAUCCUCUGACAGAGACCACCAGACCUUUGCUGGAGAAGGUCCUGAACAAAAGCGAGGUGCGUGUGGCGAAUGCAGAGCCAGAGAGGUGUGAAGACAGGCCGUCCUCUGUAGAGGCCCCCGCCACACUGCCCGGCACCUGCCCCACACCGGACCUGGGCUUCAGGUUCUACAGCUCCUCUCUUCCGGAUCACAGACUCCAGGCACCUCGGGCUUCAGGGACCGCUGUGGAUGGCCAGCACGUGAGCGCCCCCUGCGGGAGCAGCUCCAGGGCCCAGGCAGCUCCGCCCCAACAGAGAGAUGUGCCGCUCCGCUUUGGGGACGGUCCCCCGCACAGUGGGGUGUCCCCGCGGCAGGAGGAGCUCUCUAAAGGCCAGGAGCUGAGGGACACCCCCACUGAGAUCCCUCUCAGGCCAUUGCCUGGCUCGACCCCCCGGGACCCCCGGCCGCCGGGCACCGCUUCCGCCCCUGUUGCCUUGUCCUGCCCGGCCUUCGCCCGCCAGCUAGGGUGGCCUCAUGAAGACUGUACCGCCACCUACCUGCCAGCUGUCGUCACUGCGCUCUCUGAUCCUCCAAAGGAUGUCCCCCCGGAGGAGGUCGAGCACCUCACCGCAUCCCGUGUUGUUCUGACCCCGCCUCCUCCCAUCGCACACGCUUUGUCUUUGACUCUGCCUCCUCCAGCCACACCCCCUGUCUCUCUGACCUCGCCUUUCACAGCCACGCCCCCUGUCUGUUUUACCCUGCCUCCCACAGCCACACCCCCUGUCUCUCUGACCUCGCCUUUCACAGCCACGCCCCCUGUCUGUUUUACCCUGCCUCCCACAGCCACACCCCCUGUCUCUCUGACCUCGCCUUUCACAGCCACGCCCCCUGCCCUGAAGACUGGUACUGUCUCUGACUGA